AAGCGAUAGCGAAAACUCUAACACUAGCCGACGGCCAAAACUUGAUUUCCGAUACUCUUUUGUACUCUUAUCGCACACCCACGAAGGCCACGAGGUCGAAACGUGAAACCCCAACUCUCUCCCUCCACCCGAUUGAUCGGAUUACCUUUUUUGGUAUUCUUUGAAUCUCAAUUAUUCAUUAGGAGAAUUCCUAAAAUGAAGCUGCUCUCUUUUGCUUUGUUUUAGCUGCAAAAACCCUAAAACAAGAUCAAGAUGAAGAUGAAGAUGGCAGUGGAUGCUUGGCGGUGGUGAUACCAAUAGAGUACGAGUUAAAAACAGAAAGAAAGAGAUGGGUACGGGAAGUCGAGCGCGGGGAUUGGUGGUAAAGACCCUGCUACUGAUUGGAGGCGCGGUUUUGCUCAAGCGGCUCACCAAGUCCACCACUCGCUGGGACCAUGCUCGCAUCGUUGGUAACUCCCUCACUGGCCAAAAGUUUUCCAUGGAGCAAGCAUCCAGAGCUCCUGACAAUUACUUCAAUUUCAGAAUGCUUACGUGCCCAGCAGCAGAGAUAGUAGAUGGCUCAAAGGUUUUAUAUUUUGAACAAGCAUUCUGGAGGACUCCUCAGAAGCCCUUUCGGCAGAGAUUCUACAUGGUCAAGCCCUGUCCUAAAGAGUUGAAAUGUGAUGUUGAGGUAAGUUCAUAUGCCAUUAGAGACGUGGAGGAGUACAAGAACUUCUGUGAUCGCCCAAAGGACCAGCGCCCACUGCCUGAAGAAGUUCUUGGGGACAUUGGGGAACAUUUAACAACAAUAUAUCUAAAACGCUGUGAGCGUGGAAAACGCUGCUUAUAUGAAGGUUCAACUCCACCUGGCGGGUUUCCUAAUUCAUGGGUAAUGAACGGGGCAACCUACUGUACUUCGGAGCUUGCAAUCUUGAAGAAUAACGAGAUACAUUCAUGGGACAGGGGCUAUGAUAUUGAUGGAAAUCAAGUUUGGGGAGCAAAGGAAGGUCCUUACGAGUUCAAGCCUGUACCUGCCUCUAGUUUCAAUGACAUGGUUUCUCCUUUAGAUUUCCCUCCUCAGCAAUCGGUGGAGAAACGAAUACAGGGUUCAUUUGUUUUGCAAGACUGAUCAUUUGUCACAUAUAGCAAUUAUAUGUAAAUCUCUUAGCAUUCUUAAAUUCUUAUCAAAUAAUGAAUCAUUCAGUUACCACCUUAAAACUUUCACAAUUUUGUUUCGUGGAAUAUUCACCAAUUGAUGGGCAAUAAACAUGGUGUGGGACUGAAUAAUGGGUUGGUUGAGGAAUACAUCCGUUUAAUGUGAUCAUCAAUCCAUGUAAGAUUUGGUUUCUUUGAAUAGCAGGUAUGUGCAUGCGGUGGUCUUUUCGUAUGAUGGACGAUUUCUUAA